AUGCUUUGUUGGACGCAAGAAGAUACUAAUUUAGUGGGUUACACGGAAAGCUUGGACAAUGCAGCGUAUUCUGCGUAUCCUUGGGCUGAUGGAGGCACAAUGCCUGUGCUAUCGGGAUGCGUUGAUCCUCACUUCGACAAUUUGUUCUUCAGCCCUCAGUUGUUCAAUCAGUUUAUAGAGGAAGACCCCUCGGAGAUGCAGCAACCAGAGAAUGAAGCGCAGACCUCACCCAUGAGAAGUCGGGAAGAUCUCUACCCAUUAAAUGAUAAUUCUAAAAGCAAAGGGAAAACAUCACGAAAGCUUUCCGCUCGCAAGAGGCGGUCUGUGGUUUGUGACUGGAAAGACUGUAAGAUGGUAUUUCCUCGAUCGAGUGACCUAAACAAACACGUUCAGAAAAAGCAUAACCCUCACAUACCGUGUAAAGCCAAUCAGAAGGGUUAUGCUCUGUGUGCAGAACUGUUUAGUGAAAACAAAGAUAUGGAGCGCCAUAUCUGGGCCCGCCACCCUGGCUUUGCUGAGGAUCCAGCUAAUGAGAUGCGUAAACAAGGGGGAGAAUGUCCAUUGUGUGGACGUAUAAUUAAGCGCAAGGAUAACAUUAAAAGGCAUAUUGAUGAGAAGCAUUUGGCUAGGGCAUAUACCUUUGAAAGGGCCGAAUCUUACCUCCAAUUCCUUGAUAAAGUUGACUCAUGGGCUCGACCAUGA